AGAAUUCCGAAUACAAUUCCAUUUGCAAUUUGAUAUGUCAUGUCUCAAGUUUAAUUCAGCCUCGUUGAAUAUAAUUGUGAAAUCUUGUUCAUUUUAGCUAAAUAAUCCCACUCACUCUCUCAGUUGGUCUUCCAAUCAAGAGACGAUGAUUGAACUAGCUGUGUCUCAAACUCUAUUUUCAAGUAACGAUUGUAAAAGUGCGGACGUUUGAGUCGUACAUACAUAGUACAUUCAUACGUGCGAGAAACAUAAAUCAGUCACUUUGCGGCUGGACGCGUUCCGACCAAGCACGAGUGAACGAAGAAUUGAAUGUAACGUCAAUUCCAUCCGCUGCGACUGCAAUUCAAAGACCUCAGUUAUCAAAAUACGUGAGACGUCACACGAGCUUUCCGAUAACCCGGGCAGAGAUUAUUCGAUCUCGGAUCUCGUUGAAAUUUAUCUCGGUUCGUCCGACGUGAGAUUCAACGUUGGUGUUCUCCAUCUGACUGUGACUCACGAUGGCGAUGUCGAAGAAUUUGAUUAACUCGUUGGACGAUGCCGUGUCCGAGGCUCUGUCGGGAUUAUCCUAUACGUAUCCGCAAUUAGAGUAUCACGUGUCGCACAGAGUGGUACUGUCGCCAGACCAUAGGGAUCGCCGAAAUAAAGUAGCCUUGGUCUGCGGCGGCGGUAGUGGACACGAACCGUUUGCUGCAGGCUUUGUUGGCAGUGGCAUGUUGACAGCUUCUAUAGCGGGUUCUAUCUUUGCGGCACCGCCAUCUACUCAUAUCACGUACGCUCUUCGGUGCAUCGCAGAGAACAACAAAGUUGGCAUUAUGGUCGUGGUGCCUAAUUACACGGGGGAUUGCCUGAAUUUUGGUAUAGCGAUCGAGAAGGCGCGACAAACGGGUGUUAUGCAGGUGGAGGAGGUGAUCGUCGACGACGACUGCAGCAUUCCCGAAAACGAGCGGAGCGUUGCCGGCAAGCGCGGACUGGUGGGCAUGCUAUUCGUUAUCAAAAUCGCGGGUGCUCUCGCCGAGAAGGGCUUACCUCUGUGCGAGGUAGCGGAAAUCGCGCGGCGCGUAUCACAAAGCACCGCGACCUACGGAAUCGGGCUGUCCGCGUGCGCUGUGCCAGGUCAAGGUCUGAUGUUCGAGCUUGCACAGGAUGAGAUAGAGUGUGGGAUGGGGGUGCACGGGGAAGCAGGAUACGAGAGAAUUAAGCUCAGGACCGCAUCCGAGCUGGUGACGUUAAUGCUGAAACGCAUUUGCGAGGCCUUAUCUUUGUCCGCUAAUGACUCGGUCGCGGUUAUAGUCAACAAUUUCGGCGCUCUAAGUCAAUUGGAGCAGGGAAUCGUCGUCCACGAGGUGGUAAAUCAGCUCCAAGGCCUGGGUAUACAGCCUGUUCGCGUCUAUUCCGGUAUUUUAAUGACAUCCUUAAACAGCGUCGGGAUACACGUAAGUCUGCUCAAGUUGACCGAAAGCCACGGGGACGUGUUGGUCGAGUGUCUCGACGAAGAAACGACGGCACCUUGCUGGCCAGGUUGCGCCUAUAGCAUUUCUUCGGCCCUAACGAGCGUCCCGUCGAAAGAUGCGGAGAAGAGAAAAAUGGGGAAAAUCGGAAUAUCGUUAAACGCGCGCGAUCAGCGGCUGAUCGAGUCGUGUUUGCGGGACGCCUGUGCCGCCAUUGUCGAGAAAGAGGCAUAUCUCAACGGGCUGGACCGCGGUUGCGGAGACGGAGACUGCGGAUCGACGUUGAAACGAUUUGCCGACGGUAUUCUGAGCAAUUUAGAUAGCUUAUCCUUGUCGCAUCCGGCGGCGCUAUUAGCGGAAAUGGCGGAUAUUGCGGAGGAGCGUAUGGGCGGAACUUCCGGAGCUCUGUAUUGUCUAUUUUUUACAACUGCGGCGAAAACGCUGACGUCAUUCGCGCAAGGGGAGGAUUUGCGACGCGUCUGGCAUUGUGCGUUCCGCAGCGGCUUAAAUUGUUUGGAGAAAUACGGAAAGGCGAGAGCUGGCGACAGGACUAUGAUCGAUACAAUGCACGGGGCGUGUACGGCGUACGAGAGAUUGUUAGAGGAAGCGAUUUUUCCGGGCGAUUUUUAUGAUAAAAUAAUGGCGGCAGCGUGGGAAGGUUGCUACUCUACGAGAAAUAUGAAACCGAAGGCAGGGCGAGCCAGUUAUAUAAAACAAGCUCAGUAUUUAACGGAAGUGGACGCUGGAGCGUAUGCCGCAGCAAUAUGGAUUGCGGCUAUUGUACAGACGAUUACGCAUUCCGACGUGUAACAUAUUCGUUAUCUUCCUUGUCCCCCUUUUCUUCUGUCCUUACACUUGACAACUUGUGUCCGAGCACCGUUACCGUAAGCAGAAGUGACGAAACUCAAUAAUAAAUAACAAGUUUAUUACCAAAAACGGAAUGAGGGAAUCAAUUAACGAUUAUAUUAACUAUUUCUCCUAUGGAACAUUCAGAUAUCGUAGGUAUUAUAUCAUAUACUACUGACUAUAUGAAAUAAAAAUAGUUGUGUUUCUGUUUCUUUGUAAAUACAAUAAAAAGUACACCUUUUAAUUUACAUUCCUG